UAGACAGGUUGAUUUAGAGAUAGAAAGAUUUACUUGCCACUAGAAUAUACCAAAAGAAAAAAAAAAAACUAAAAAAAACGAAUCAUUCCUCCCUCUAAAAAAAAAAAAAAAAAAAAAAAAAAAAAAAAAAAUUGUGACUACCUUUUUUUCAACAGUUUUCGUCCCGGAUCAAGAGAACGAAAAAAAAAGAGACACAAAUCGAAAGCAAAGAGAAAAAAAAAUAAAUUAAAAAUAGUUUCGUCAUUGCAUGGCAGCAGGAUUCGCAGGCCUUUCGGAGGAAGAGAGAAAAAUGUCUUCACAAGAGAAAUGCAACAACUUUAUGCGCCAGUUUCGAGAUGAUGAAUCCCGCGAGCUGAAAAAACUCACCGCCAAUCAGUUUAUGGAAGUUUGGAGUCAUUACGAUGCUGAUGGCAACGGCUACAUAGAGGGAUCCGAACUGGACGGUUUUUUGAAGGAAUUCGUGUCAAGUGUCAACUCCAAUGAUUCGGGACCUGAGGGGGCGCUUAUGAUGGGAGGAAUGUCUGUAUCCGAUUCCAUGCUUCAAGAACUGAAAGAAUGUUUUAUGGAAGCCUAUGACGACAACCAAGAUGGAAAGAUUGAGAUACGGGAGCUUGCCCAGUUGCUGCCUAUGGAAGAAAACUUCCUUUUGCUCUUUAGAUUCGACAAUCCUCUUGAGUCCUCCGUCGAAUUCAUGAAGAUUUGGAAAAGUUACGACAAAGACAACAGUGGUUUUAUCGAAGCAGACGAAUUAAAGAAUUUCCUUCGAGAUCUUCUUAAAGAAGCAAAGAAAGACCAAGAUGUUUCAGAAGAUAAGCUUAUCGAGUACACAGAUACCAUGCUGCAAGUGUUUGACCAGAACAAAGAUGGGAAACUUCAGCUUUCAGAAAUGGCCAAACUGUUGCCAGUAAAAGAAAAUUUCUUAUGCAGAUCAGUGUUCAAGGGCGCGUCGAAAUUAACAAAGGAGGAUAUUGAAAGAGUCUUUGCUUUGUAUGACAGGGAUAACAACGGCACAAUUGAAAAUGAGGAAUUAAAUGGAUUUCUCAAAGAUUUCAUUUUUUUUAAGGAUUACGAUGCCCUCGAUUUGCAAGAGUUUCAAGAUGCAAUAAUGCGCGGUUGCGAUUUCAACAAAGACGGAAAAAUCAACAAGAAGGAAUUGACGAUGAUUCUCUUGGCUCUGGCUAAGCAUGGAGGCGAAGAUGACCUGCAGACAGCCGGCACCGGCGUGCAACCGAUCAUCCACCCCUUGAGCGAAAUUGCAUCAAUGGGGAUGAAGGCGCUGAAAAUGCAGAAAUUAAGGGUGCGCCAUUUUGUCACUCGCACCCUUGGCAACACUGGCGCCGCACCCGCUGGCAACGCUGCGACCUCCAGUUAGUUGGUUCGAAAAAAAAAUUGAAAAUUUGAAAACAUUUUAAAAAAUGGAUUUUCAUGUUUAUUAUGCGCGGUUAUCGUUGUUAAAGAGGAAAUUUGAAUGGGAGAAAUUGUGUUUAGAAUUUAUUUCUGUUUAGGAGAGAGAGAAGGAGAUGGUUUAAAAGGUAUAUAUAA